GUUGUCUUUCGGUGUGUGAGUUGUGUCUUGUUCGUUUGGCGGGUUUUCGUGUCUUUUUUGGUUUGUUUGGGACUUUAAAAAAAGAGGAAGAGUUGUGACCGAGUGGUAAUUUUGAAGGUUUUAUACAGGCAUUUCUGCAUUGGGGAAGAAAAUCGGAUAUAAGGAAUUUUGGGAAAAAAAGUCUAGUGUGAUGGUAGAUCGGGCUGCCAGAGGGUGAGCAGGCAUGCCCAGGGCAAAGAACGUAGGAUACUAUGAGCGCCACGGUGCGGGAUGAGCUGGUGGAGAUAGAGAUGCUGGGUAGGCGCGGGGGGCAGGUAGACGAAGAAUCUCCUGGAAGUUCGGAGGAUGACAAGAAGAAGAAGAAGCGUGGCGGAGGACUCCUGGAACUGCUUGGCAAGCUUUGGCAGCCUCGGAGGAACAGGUACAGCAGGAGGAAAACCGCAAAGAGGAACCACAAGUUUUCCACCUCGACGGAUUUCCAAUAUGGAGAAACAGAGAGACGAAUCAAAGCGAACGAUCGACAGUUCAACGCGCAGUUCAACUAUGCUAACAAUUACAUCAAAACUUCUAAGUACUCACUGCUCACAUUCAUCCCGCUCAACCUGUUUGAGCAGUUCCAGCGGUUGGCCAACUUCUAUUUCCUCUGCCUUAUGGUCCUGCAGAUGAUAAAUGUCAUAUCUUCACUUACUCCGAUCACUACAGCUGUUCCUCUCAUUGGUGUAUUGUGUCUCACAGCGAUCAAGGACGCUUAUGAUGACUUUCAAAGACAUGUCAGUGACUCCCAGGUUAACAACAGAAAGGCACUGGCUGUCCGUGAUCUUAAACUUGUGGAAAGUAAAUGGUCACAGGUCAGGGUGGGAGAUGUUAUCAGGAUGGAGAACGAUCAGUUUGUUGCUGCUGACGUUCUUCUUCUCAGCACAAGUGAACCUAACGGUCUCUGUUUUAUUGAAACUGCUGAGUUGGAUGGAGAAACAAAUUUAAAAUCAAAAGUGUGUCUAGUUGAAACUGCUGAUAUGGGACAGGAUGAUGGUCUACUUGGAAGUUUCGAUGGUGAAAUAAUCUGUGAACCUCCAAAUAAUUUGCUCAACAAAUUUGAUGGUACUUUGAUGUGGAAAGGGAAAAGGUAUCCUCUUGAUAAUGACAAAAUCUUGCUCAGAGGUUGUGUUUUAAGAAAUACUGAUUGGUGCUAUGGUGUCGUCGUUUUUGCUGGGAAGGACACCAAGCUUAUGCAAAAUUCAGGGAAAACAAAGUUUAAGAGGACAAGUAUCGACAAACUCUUGAAUUUUAUCAUUAUUGGGAUUGUAUUCUUUCUCAUUUUAAUCUGCUUAUUCUGCAUGGCUGCAUGUGGUAUUUGGGAAACCAUGACAGGAAGAUAUUUCCAACUGUAUUUGCCUUGGGAUAAACUCGUCCCUAGUCAUCCAGUCAGUGGUGCAACAAUCAUAUCGUUACUUGUAUUCUUUUCCUAUGCUAUCGUGCUCAACACUGUAGUGCCAAUUUCACUUUAUGUCAGUGUCGAAGUUAUAAGAUUGUUACAAAGUUUUUUAAUUAAUUGGGAUGAAAAAAUGUAUUGUGAAAAAAGGCAGAUGUCAGCAAAAGCUAGAACAACUACACUAAAUGAAGAGUUAGGUCAAAUUCAAUAUAUAUUUUCAGACAAAACUGGAACGCUAACCCAAAAUAUAAUGACUUUCAACAAAUGCUCUAUUGCCGGAAAGAGUUAUGGAGAAGUUAUAGAUAAAGUCACAGGAGAAGUGUUAGAAGUAACUGAUGAUACAGAGACUGUAGAUUUUUCCUUUAACAAAGACUAUGAAGAAACUUUUAGGUUUUUUGAUAAUACUCUCUUAGAAGCUGUAAGAAGUAACAAAAAUGGUGAUGUAGUCCAGUUCUUCAAAGUAUUAGCUCUUUGUCAUACUGUUAUGUCUGCUGAAAAAAAUGGAAAGUUAGUUUAUCAAGCUCAGUCACCAGAUGAAGCAGCUCUUGUUUCGGCAGCGAGAAAUUUUGGCUAUGUUUUUAGAGAACGAAGUCCUAAUAGCAUCACUAUUGAGGUGUUAGGAAAGAAGGAGGUUCACGAACUAUUGUGUAUAUUAGAUUUUAAUAAUGUUAGGAAACGAAUGUCUGUGAUAUUGCGCCAUAAUGGAAAAUUAAGACUGUAUUGUAAAGGAGCUGACAAUGUUAUUUAUGAAAGAUUAAAACCUGGAGAUAAUGAACUUAAAAGGGCGACUCAGGAACAUUUGAAUAAAUUUGCUGGAGAUGGGCUGAGAACAUUGUGCCUCGCAGUGAGGGAUUUGGAUGAGAAAUACUUUAAUCAAUGGAAAGCGAGGCACCAUGAAGCUGCACUUUCUUUAGACAACAGGGAUGAAAAAUUAGAUGCCAUCUACAAUGAGAUAGAAAAUCACAUGACUUUAGUUGGAGCAACAGCAAUUGAGGACAAAUUGCAAGAAGGUGUUCCUCAAACAAUAGCCAGUUUAAGUGCUGCGGGUAUCAAAAUUUGGGUCCUCACUGGAGAUAAACAAGAAACUGCUAUAAACAUCGGCUAUUCAUGCCAACUGCUCAGUGAUGAAAUGGAAGUCAUGAUAGUUGACGGUCAUACAGUGGAAGAAGUGACAAAACAAUUGGCAAAAUGUCGUGAUACACUUCUCCUUGGAGGCCACCCAAUGGCACAACAUAACAACAACGCACAUCACCCACCAGCUAUUUCAGUAGUAACUUUUACGGAAACGGAUUACCAUAAGCCUGAUAUUGAGGAAGAUACUAGUUUAUUAUUUGCACUGGUCAUGAAUGGACACUCUUUAGUUCAUGUAUUUCAUCCACAAGUUGAAAAAAUGUUUUUAGAAGUUAGUACAAUGUGCAAAUCAGUUAUAUGUUGCAGAGUAACUCCACUACAGAAAGCCAUGGUCGUGGAACUCAUUAAAAAGACCAAAAAAGCAGUAACUCUAGCUAUUGGAGAUGGUGCCAAUGAUGUUUCGAUGAUAAAAGCUGCCCAUAUUGGAAUAGGAAUAAGUGGCCUAGAAGGAAACCAAGCAAUGUUGGCUUCAGAUUAUUCUAUCGGGCAAUUCCGAUUCCUUGAGCGAUUAUUAUUAGUUCAUGGAAGAUGGUCUUAUUAUAGAAUGUGCAAAUUUUUAAGAUAUUUUUUCUAUAAGAACUUUGCAUUUACUCUUUGCCAUUUUUGGUAUGCAUUUUUCUGCGGCUUUUCUGCUCAAACGGUAUUUGACCCAAUGUUCAUCGCAGUUUAUAACCUAUUUUAUACAUCUUUGCCGGUCCUCGCUAUAGGAGUUUUCGAUCAAGAUGUAAGUGAUAAGAGCAGUAUUAUGUAUCCUCAACUCUACACUCCUGGUCAUACCAAUUUGUUAUUUAAUAAAAAGGAAUUUUUAAGAAGUGCUUUAUACGGUUUUUAUACUUCUUGUAUAUUAUUCUUCAUUCCUUAUGGUACAUAUAAAGAUGCAGUUACUUCAAGAGGGCACGUUCUUUCUGAUCAUAUGCUAGUCGGGAGUGUUGUUGCUACUAUUCUAGUCAUUGUAGUUACUGCUCAGGUUGCCCUUGAUACAUCCUACUGGACUGUUUUUAAUCAUAUAACAAUCUGGGGCUCACUAGGAUGGUAUUUCAUGUUGGAUUAUUUUUACAAUUAUAUUAUCGGAGGUAGUUACGUUGGCUCCUUAACAACGGCUAUGAGAGAAUCUACUUUUUGGUUUACUACUGCCCUUACCCUUGUCGUUUUACUUGUGCCUGUCCUAGCAUGCAGAUUUUUCUUCAUAGACGUGUUCCCUACAUUGUCGGACAGGAUAAGAUUAAAACAAAGACUUGCUAGUAUAAGAACUAAGCAAACUCAAGAUAUUUUAAGAACACCUUCAGCCAGAAAAGCAAGGAGAUCGAUAAGGUCAGGCUAUGCUUUCUCGCAUUCAGAAGGUUUUGGAAGACUAAUUACCUCUGGAAAAAUCAUGAGGAAGCUACCUCGGUCGGAUUUUCUGGGUUUCCAUUCCCCGUCCGUGAGGCCUGGAAAUGACCCAGCUCCAUGACACGGGGAGGAGGGUGGGGGAAAUCUACCACCAGUUAUUCCAAUGUAUCUACCUUAAUGGCAGAUAUUCCUCAGAAGACGGCUCCCACCCUCUUGUUUCUUCAUUUAUCAUUGGACUUAAAAUGAUAAUUAUGAAGUCAAUUAAAUGUAUAUUUUUAAAUACUAAUUAAUUUGAAACCGGAAGUGAAACUAUUUUAACUUUGAAAGUAACAGUAGAAACUGUUAAGAAGAUGUCAAAUAUACUUGACCUCUUCUUUUAUCUGAAAUCUUUCAUCAUUCACAGUGAAUGUACUUUGUAACUUUAAACAAUGUUCCUUGAUUUUAAAGGAAUUACGGACAAAAUUUAUUUAGGCCAAUUUUUUAUAAAUAGUUUUUCUAACUUUGUCAAUUUUAAAUAAAGUUAGUUUUAACAAAGUAUAUUAUGACAUAUCUGGUUUCAUUUUAGUCAAUACAUAUCUGUUGUAAAUAUAGUUAAUAGAUAUCUGUAGUAAUUUAGUUAUUUAUUUGUGAUGGAUGUCAUUUGUUUUUGGAAAUUUUAAACUUUUUCAUCAAUAUGUGUCAAAUGUCAGUUAAGUGAAAUCCAUCUUUUGUGUAAAUGUAUAUAAUAAUAAAAUUAAGGCAAGGGUACAAUUAAUGUAUCCGGUGCUACAAUUCUAAGAAGUAUUAUUGAUACUGCAUGUCUAUAUUUUUGUAUUGUCUAUAUGAAAAUUAAUUUUUUGUACCAAAAAAUAUUGUACAGAAAUACUUUAAAUAUAUAUAUAUAUAGUUCAUAAAAAUCUUUUGUAAACUAGUUUUCAUAUAAAAGAGUUUUUGGCCAAUGUUGAUUUUUGUAUAAAGUUUAUAAACAAUGUUACAAACUUUUAACAUAUUUUAAAACUGACUAUAUUACCAAUGUUAUGUAUUUUUGUAAAUAUGUUGAAGUUAUUUAAAAAACUUUUAUUUUUAAAGAUUUAAAUUACAUUUUGUUAUUGUACCUCCAAAAUAUAACUACCAUAUCACUAGUUUUAAUGUUGUUUCAAUUUCCUUUAAAAAAUAUGUUGUUGUUUUUAUUUAAUUAGAUAAAUAAAUCGGUUUAUAUCAAGUCUGUACUUGUUUAAUCUUGAGUAGAGUAAUAGAGGACAAACAUAAUUAUUGAUGGAAAG